AAGCCCUUAGAGGAGGUUAUGCCAUUGACUCGACAUAGAUGGUGCAUUUGGCACAUUAUUAGGAAAAUUCCAGAAAAAUUGGGGAAAUGUCAAAGGUUUGUUUUUAUGACAUAAAUUCGUAACAAAUGGAAUCAUGUGCAACCAUAUGAUGCAAAUACUAGAGCACAACCAUGUGAUUGAUAUACCAGACAUAUAUGUUGUUAGUCGAUGGCGCAAGGAUAUUUUUAGGAAACACACUCGAGUCGGGGUAUCAUACCAUGACCCAAAUAAAUCUGCCGCUGUAAAAAGGUACAAUAAGUUGAUGGCUGAGUUUGAAGACUUAUGUGACAAAGCAGCUAUGGUGAAUGACGAUGCUAUAGACAUUGCCAGAAAUGCUAUGAUGCAUGUCAGAUCUCAAAUUGAACAAUGCAGGCUUAGGAAAGCAGCAGAGAGUAUUUCCAUGUCAUUUCCUGAUGAAUCUGGCUUAAGAAGUGAAAGCAUAAAUCAGACACAGGAGAAUACAAUUGAUCUUGAUAUGGAUACUGCAGAUUUGUUUCCUCCUAGUGAAGGAUCCCAUAUUAAACAAAAAACCUCGUGGUAGGCCGAAGGGAUCUAGAAAUAAAACUCUCGCAGAGAUGGGUUUCAAAAAACCAGGCAACAAUAAGAAGAGUGCAACAACAGGGAAAACAAAGAACAAAAUCAAACUCGGCAAUAAGAAUUGUAGAGGGAAGGUGACUAAUGAAUCAAUUGUAAAAGGGAAGAAAUAUGGUAGUAAGGGUCAAGUGAAGAAAAAUAACACUACCACAGGAAAGUCAAAAGUCAAAGACAAGGAUAACACUACCAAAGGGUCUGCUAAGUGUAAGCUGACAGAGAAGUCAACAGUCAAAGACAAGGAAAAAAGAGUCAAGGUGCAUAAGGUUAAAUUGCUUGAGGAUUUGGUGUCGUUAGUGGAUCUUACAAAAAAUGUAAGACAAGAAAAAAAUAUGGGGGACAAAAGUCAUUUGUUCUAUAAAAGCCAUACGUUUAAUGUAACUUGUAACUAAGUACAAUUUUGUUUUUAUAGAAUAAGCGUAAGGGGACAAAAGAGAUGAACAUUGGUCGUCCUUCAAGUGAUGGAGCAAAGAAAAGACACACUUAAAUUGAUGUGGGGAGCAUCCAAGAUUUCCUUUCUUAACAGAUUUUAAUGUUUCGUUAGAUAGACUUUGACUUACAAGUUUUUACCUUUCACUUGAAAGGGUUUUUCUUGUUUUAAGCACCUUAGGAUUUCUUUAUUAGUUUUGGUUGUCUAUGUAAUACCAUCAGACUUAUGGAUUUGGAUUUGGUAUGCUUUGCUUAA